AUCAUGUCAGCUAUCGUGACUAAAAUCAUUGAAAAAUACAAUCUCAGCCCCAAAAUGAGUGUGUCCGAUCUCAGUAAAUAUACCUCAGAAUUUGUUGAAAACCUUACCGAUGAUAGAAAGCGAAAUCAAGGUCGACGACGUCUUCGAGAUAGUUUUAAAUUUAGCAGUGAUCGGGGUAGUUGCAAAAUAGCUAUAGCUUCUCCCCCUAAAGAUUUGGAAGAAGAGAUUAUCAGAGAAAUAACUAAACGAAUCUUACAGAAUAGAUAUGGAUUUAGCGGGAAACAAGUUGAUGAUUUAUUCUCUACCCAGAAAAAUGGAAGUACGUUCGAAGAGCUAUUGCCCUGCAAUAGAGAC